AUGAAAUUAAAAAAAAUUGUCGCAGCUCUCGGCGAUACUCUGAAAGGUCAAGUUGUGGCAAAGAAUUUCGAGGGCCUGCUGCAGUUCAAGCCUCAUGAACUUGAUAGGCAUUUGCUUAGCUGGCUUAUGCGGAAGCUGAACCCAGAAACAAUGAAAUUAGAGAUUGGUGGUGGCAAAGAGAUAGCAAUCACCGAUCACAGUGUAUGGUGUGUGUUCCAUAUCCCCAAUGCUAGAAGUGACCCACCCCAUAUGACGGACGAUGAAGCUCGUAUUAUUCGGAGUGAGUUGGGAUUGCAAAUUUGUGGUAAUGCGUAUAACCCAAGGCGGGGGUUCAGUGCUGGAGACAUUUUGGAGGGUUUGAACAAAAAGACGCUAAGAGGAAGUUUGGGGCUUAGAGCGUUCUUCAUGUGCGCAUUCCAGUCGCUGCUAUUCUCCAACACUGACGCCUACAUCAGGCUGGAGGAUGUAAAGUACACCGAAGAUUUGGAGAACAUUGGCAAUAGGAACUGGUGCAAAGUAGUAGUUGAUCAUCUUCGGAGAGCUGCUCGUUUGUAUAGAAAGGAUUUCCCGGAGAAAGGUAUUAUGGCACCGAUAAGUGGCUGUGGAAUCUUCCUAAUGAUGCUAUAUGUUGACAACCUGCAGCAUGGAUUAAAUACAAACCCGUUCUCGCUGCCUCGAUGUGCCUUGCUCGACAAGAGUACCAUUGAUUCUAUAGCAAACAUGGAUCGCAGGCGAGAUGUUUCCAGUGAGACUGUUGAGUUUGGUAAACUUAUGCUGAGGAGCUUGCCUGACACAUGCUACGGUGUCCCUCCUGUUGCGCCAUUGGCAGCUUCUUCUCGGCCAGCACCAGUUGCUCCCAGCAGGGGGGCUGGCACCUCUGAUGCCCCUGGCGGUCAUGCCGCUGCCAACGCGGAGCCUCCACCCAUGUACUGGUACCCUAGUUUCAGUAGUUCUUUCGGCCAAAGCAUUGUUGAUGUAGUUGGAAGAAGCAGGAAGUCAGAUGCACUUAGCAUCUUGAAGGCAUUUGAUGACAGCACCAGGCAAGCCCUGGAUUUCAUGCAGAAGGCUGUCGAGUAUACAUCAAGGGCAAAUGAGCUCAUGGCAAAAGCCCACCACGAGUGCUUCACCUCCACGCAGAAGCUACUUGUUGAUGCCCAUGCCGAUAAGGCUUCUUUCAAUAAGGCUAGGAGGCGUCCUAGACCAAGGAGCGAAGAGACAGAAGCAGCGGGGGCACAAUCAGAUGAUGACAGUGCAGCAGCCGAUGAUGAUCCAGAAACCAGCGAUGGCCGUGAUCGGCCCCUGGACAACAUCCCGCUGGAACGUGAAGAUCCAGAAGAUGAAGUUCCGGAAUCACCGCCAGAGGAUUCUUAUCACAGCUCUCCAGCGCCCAGCCACGGAAAUGAUGAUGCCGACGACAGAGACAUUAUGCAUGAUGUGGAUAAUACAUGUGACAUGUUUUACAACUCACCGCUUAUCGCCGCGGAUGCCCUGAUAUGUAUUAAUGAAUCCAGUGAUAGAACCCAAGUGCCAGAUGGAGAUGGUCUCAGCGAUACACGCAUCCACAAAGAUGGCAAUGACGAGGAGAGGGACCAUGCUGAGAAAAGAGAUGACACUGAAGAGGAGGCACUCCAGAAUAAGGGUGCAGACUCAAGUGCCCCCCCAUGCACCCAACCCCCAGAGUUCUGUACUUGGGGACACAUCUGA